CACACAAAGUUGUCAAACGGGAUAUCUCCACGUAACGCGUGCAGACUACCCCUUCGUAUUCAUAGUAUAAAUGUUACUGCAAUAAUAUUAUCGUGGCGAUGAAUACAUAGAUUAAUCGAGAGCAAUCUUAACUACUACAUUAGGGCGCAUAAUACCUACAUUCGGCCAUUAUGAAGAGUUGGGGGCUUCUUCUGGUCGCCGCUUUGGCGAUUGGCAGUAGUUUCGGCGUGGACAAGAACAAUUUCAAGACUUGCGAUCAGUCUGGGUUCUGCAAACGAUUGCGGUCUUUUAAACCCGAAAAGUCGCAGUACUCACUGAAUUUAGACACCGUUAUUGUACAUGGAAAUGUCCUCUCUGCCGAAGUUAACACUGUGGACACAACAACACAGAAGAGAAUUAUUCUGUGGCACUACGCCUUAAGGCUGUCGGCUCUCGUGGAUGGAACCUUCAGAGUGGAGAUUGACGAAGCUGAUCCGUUGUAUCCGCGCUACAGGACGCAGCUGGCGCUCAAUGGAGAACCCAAGGCCGAUGGCCUCAAAAUCGUUUCAAAUGAGAAUGGAAUAAUCACCGUAGCGAACAGCCAAGGACACAAGGUCAUCAUCACAGCUGAGCCCUUGAAGCUAGAGUUCGUGAACCUGGCCGGUGACGUGGCGGUGAUCCUGAACGACAAUGCUCAACUCAUGGUGGAACCACUCCGAGUUAAAAAGGAAAGGGUGGACGAUGAGGAUACUAAUCUGGUGGAAGUCGAGGAGGAAGGCACUUGGGGAGAGAACUUCAAGUCUCAUCAUGACAGCAAGCCCAGAGGGAAUGAGGCUGUCUCCCUGGACUUCAGCUUCCCCGAAGCGGACAAUGUUUAUGGUAUCCCAGAACACACUGACAAGCUGGCCCUCCGCACGACGACGUCGGGCGACCCCUACCGCCUCUACAACCUCGACGUGUUCGAGUAUGAGCUCGACAGUCGCAUGGCCAUCUACGGGGCUAUACCCGUCGUGUAUUCCCACGGCCCGAAACGUACUGCUGGUGUGUUCUGGCACAACUCAGCUGAGACCUGGGUGGAUGUUGUGAAUUACGCUGAUAGCACUGUUGUGUCAUCUCUGGUGAACCUCGUCACUGGCGGACAGAAGAGGCGUGUCGAUACCAGGUUCAUCUCCGAGUCGGGCAUUGUGGACGCCUUCGUGUUCUUGGGUGAGAAGCCCGCGGACGUGUUCCGUCAGUACACGCAGCUCACAGGGUCCGCGCCGAUACCUCCCAAAUUCUCGCUGGCCUACCACCAGUGCCGCUGGAACUACGUGGACGAGGCGGACGUGAGGGGCGUCGACGAUAAUCUCGACAACUACGACAUUCCCGCCGACGUCAUCUGGCUGGACAUCGAGUACACUGACAGGAAGAAGUGAUACUUCACCUGGGACCCGAUCAAGUUCCCCCACCCAUCAGACAUGGUCGCCAACUUGACUGCAAAGGGCCGCAAGCUGGUCGUCAUCGUGGACCCUCACGUCAAGAGAGAAGCUGGAUACUUCCUGCACGAGGAUGCAACUGAGCUCGGCUACUACGUCAAAGAUAAAGAUGGGAAAGAUUAUGAAGGUUGGUGUUGGCCAGGAUCCUCCUCGUACCUCGACUUCUUCGACCCCGCGGUCAGCAAGUACAACUCUGAGCGCUACCUGUUCGAGAACUUCCCCGGGACCAGCAAGGAUGUGCACCUCUGGAAUGAUAUGAACGAGCCCAGUGUAUUCAAUGGCCCUGAGAUCACGAUGCCCAAGGACUGCCGUCACUACAAGCCCCCCCAGGACGGAAACGAUGGACUGGCAGCCUUCUGGGAACAUAGACACGUCCACAACGAGUACGGUCUGUGGAACGUCCGCUCGACUCACGAGGGCAUGUUGCAGCGCGUCGACAACAAGUACCGACUCAUACUCACCAGGUCCGCCUUCAGUGGCACGCAGAGAUACGGGGCAGUGUGGACGGGUGACAACGCGGCGGAGUGGGGCUUCCUGGCGGUGUCGGUCCCGAUGUGUCUGUCGCUGAGCGUGGCCGGCGUCAGCUUCUGCGGGUCGGACGUCGGCGGCUUCUUCAAGUACCCCGAGCCUGAGCUCAUGACUAGGUGGUACCAGGCGGGCGCGUUCCAGCCGUUCUUCCGCGCGCACUCGCACAUCGAGACGAAGCGGCGCGAGCCGUGGCUGUACGAGGCGCCCACCACCGCGCUGCUGCGCGACGCCAACCGCAGGAGAUACGCGCUCAUCGACUUCUGGUACACACUAUUCUACGAGCACUCCGUCGACGGUCUCCCGGUGAUGCGGCCGCUGUUCCAGGAGUACCCCGAGGAGGACACCUUCACCAUCGAUGAUCAGUACUUACUCGGCGACAAGCUCCUGAUCCGGCCGGUGGUCCAGCCGGGCGUGAGCAGUGUCCCGGUGUACCUGCCGGGCGCCGCGCAGCGCACGCUCUGGUACGACGUGGACUCGUACCACGCGCAUCAUGCGGCGGGAUACUUCACGCAGGAUGUUACUAUAUCUAAGAUCCCAGUAUACCAGCGCGGAGGCAUCAUCAUCCCUCGUAAGGAGCGCAUCCGCCGCUCGUCCUCGCUCAUGGCCGACGACCCCUACACACUGGUGGUUGCUCUCGAUGUUAAUGGCACGGCGCAAGGCUCUCUAUACAUCGACGACGGCGAGUCGUACGAGUACCGCAACAACAAAUACAUCUACGCUAAGUUCAAAUACGAAUCCAACGCAAUGACUUACUCAUUCCCCAACGAGAACGCUCACUACCCAACCCGCUCUUGGGUAGAGCGCAUCGUGAUCGCCGGCAUCAAGACCCCUCCUAAGACAGCCAAGCUGCACCAGGGAGACAAGCAGCUGUCACUCCAGAUGACUCUACACAAGGGUAACGAUGUCCUGGUGGUCAGGAAACCAGGAGCCAACAUGGCACACCCAUGGAAGAUCACAUUUAGCUAUUAGGUACAAUUUACUCGCCCAAGAGUUUGUUUUCUAACUGCGUUUGUUGUAGACUGUUCUGCUGAUUGUAAUUUACCUUCAAAUCAAAUGAAAUAGUUGUUUUUGUCUUCUGGUAUUGAGGCUAAAAUUGUGUGUUGAGAUAAUGUUAGACUUUAAAUGAAAUCGAAUUAAUCAAAUUGAAGAUGUUAGACACUAAAAUGCUUUGAUAACCUGUGAUAGGAACAAUUAUGUCUUAAUUACAAGUCCUAUGCAUCAAUCAAUGCUUGGGCUCAGUCAACUGCAGAGGCCAUUUGAAAAGUCUUUGAUCUAUGAGCUAUAUGCGUGCGUAAAACCUUGUUUAUGCUAGCAUUUUCAACUAUAAUAAUAAUAUUGUACCACAAGACAUAAAACGCCAAUACACUACCAGCAAAUAAAAUGUUUACAAUAAACGCGCAGUUAUUCUAUAAAUAUUAGUUUUGCGUUCGGUUUGACACCAGAGUAGCUGUGAAUGUUAACACCAUUUACCCGACCGCUACAGAAGGGUUAUGUUUAUACAAAAUGGUUGUUGAUGGCAAAGUUGUAAGGUUAAUUCUAACGUUUUAGUUAUCUUUUAACAUGCAAUCAUCAUAUUUAUAUUUAAUUACAUUUUUAAACUCAGUGACAACUCUCUAUGUGUAGUAUUGUCUUCCAACUACAGCCAUUUUGUAUAAAACUUACCUUGAAUAGGAAAUAAAAUACGUAAGAAAGAGAAAGCGGUAUAUAAAAGUAAUGCUUUAGAAAGAGAAGUACGAUUUUGGUUGGUCUGUGACAAGUGCGACAGUG